AUGACUCAAGAAUUCAGUAAUGCACCUACUUUUGUAUCCAAGUUGCGUUGCUUUGCAGAUUCUAGGUUUAACAAUUUGAAUUCAGAUGGGUGCGCUUCUGUAUUGGCCAAUUACUUAUACUUCGAUGGUGCCAUUAAGUUUCAUUGUGAGAAAAUCCGACUUGGGUUCGCCUCUGUCAAAGUCGGUUCUGGGAAUAAUAAUGGAUUGGGCGAAGAUGGCUGUGGUGUUUUGGAGGAUUGUGGAUUGCCCUUGAAUGGAGUGGGGUCCAAGAGUCUGAAAAAGGUGCUUAUUUUGAUGAGUGACACUGGUGGUGGUCACCGGGCUUCUGUAGAAGCCAUUAAAGCCGCAUUUAACGAAGAAUUUGGUGAUGAGUAUCAGGUGUUUGUUACUGAUUUGUGGACAAACCACACUCCUUGGUCGUUUAAUCAAUUGCCAAGAAGUUAUAACGUCUUGGUGAAACAUGGGUCUUUAUGGAAAAUGACAUAUUAUGCUUCUACUCCGUGUCUGGUGCAUCAAUCCAAUUAUGCCGCAACAUCGACAUUUAUAGCUCGGUGA